AUGGAAAUAAGAGGCAAUCACAUCAAUGACCAGUCUCUGGCAUCAGCCUGGCUGGACCAUUUUCCAGUAACUGAAUCAUUAAGUAGCCCUGAUGUGACUGCCCUGACACACCCCUGUUCUCCAAAAAUCGGUGGAACCAGAACUCCUCGAGAUGAGAGACGAAGAGCUCAACACAACGAAGCUGAGCGGAGACGGAGGGACAAGAUCAACAACUGGAUCGUCCAGCUUUCAAAAACCAUUCCAGACUGUCAUGCAGACAACAGCAAGACAGGAGCGAGUAAAGGGGGCAUCCUGUCCAAGGCCUGGGAUUACAUCCAGGAGCUACGCCAGACCAACCAGCCAAUGCAGGAGACCUUCAAGGAUCCCCAGCGGCUGCAGAUGGACAAUGAACUCCUGAGGCAGCAGACUGAGGAGCUGAAGAAUGAAAAUGCCCUGCUUCGAGCUCAGUUGCAGCAGCACAACCUGGAAAUGGUGAGCGAGAGCACCCGGCAGUGAUGCCCACUGGCAUACCCUGCAGCUGCUGCCGGCCUCUGCUGCCCCUCCCCCAGCCCUUCGCACAGAGAGGGAGGUGCCCCUCCCCAAGCUGCGUUUUUUUAUAGUAGAUUUUUAACAAAAACAAGGAGACAUGAUGCAUUUCUGUGGAUACAUUGCCCACUACCCUCCUCCUUGCGAAAAUGAUGCCCACCUGCCCACCUGUCCGCCAGCCUCCCUUCUCAGUCCUCACCAGGAGGAGCAAGGGAGGAGGACAGAGGCCCCGCUGUCUGCUGCCUCCUUGGUCUCUAGGGGUAUUGAGACAGGGUGCUUAUGGGAAGGAGGGAGCUUUGGGGGUGCCUUC